AUGCCGUCUCCGCUUCGAACUCUCGCCGCUCUGCUGCUGGUCUCGCUUGCGAUCCUGUUGCCCAUUGCGGCGCAGGAGGAAUGCAGCGGCCACGGAGCACUGCACGGCAACCACUGCCACUGCGAGGCUGGGUACACGAGCGAAGGCACCGAGUGUGUCGCUACGGGGGCGACGGCCUCAUGUCCUGCUGGAGGCAUCUCGUGGGAGCUGUCCAUGGCCAUGGCCCUCGAGAACGGGACCUACACGAUCUCCUUCGCCAACAACACGGAGAACAUGGCCGUGUUCGUGCUGCCGAUGGACGUCGCAGUGACCGCCAACGUCACGCAAGCAGACCUCGAGCUGUCUGCGGAGCAGGCCUCGCUCCUGCUAGACGACGUGUCGCUGCCCCGCAACCUUGUCAAGGCGUCUCGCGACAUGGCACCGACCGACCAGCUACUGUACGUGGUACAGCGCAACAACGCGGAGGAGCUCGCAGCGCUGCAGGCCGAGUGUGAGGCCAACCCAAACAACACGUGGCACAUCGACCACUGCGACGGCCCCGGCGCGCAUGGUCGUCGACGGCUCGCGACGGAGCCUAUGACUGUCAACUUGGUGGUGAAUGAGACGGGGUACUACGCCUUCCACAUGCAGCACAACGCGAUCGAGGAGUUCGGUAUGCAAGUCCUGGACGCCAACACCCGAGAGGUGGCGCUGGCGUUGGCCAUCGCGGAGGAGGAAGAAGCGGAAGAGGAAGGCUCCAGCUCGAACAGGAAGGCGUCGGCUGCGGUGUGGGUCAAGACCAUGGCCGCCGUGGCGAUCGUUGCGAUCCUCUCGAUCGUCGGCAUCCUGCUCAUGGCCGUCCGCGUCAAGGUGCUGACGAAAGUAAUGGACGCCAUGAUCGCGCUCUCCGCCGGCGCGCUGUUUGGUGCCGCCUUCCUCCACGUGCUACCCGAGUCCAUCGAGUUCUACAGCGAGUACGGCCAGAUGGACCUCACGCUGAGCAUGAUGUUCACAGUCGGGUUCGUCGUCGCCAUGGUCGUGGAGAUGGCCCUCGAGCUCUGGAUCAGCAUGGUGCAAGACGGAGCGUCACACUCGCACCACCUCCCGACUUCCAUGCAACAACCGUCGCCUACCGAUGCGCUCGCUGAUGCCGCUGAGAAACAGUCGGGAACUCCUGAGACUGGCAACUACACGGCGGAUAACACGCUCACACCCUCGCUGCGGGAGACGACGGGCGUCUCAACCUUCAGCCUGAAAGUGGACUGGCGCAGCAUCAAGCCCAUGGCCUGCAUUAUCCUGCUCGGCGACCUGUUCCACAACUUCGUGGACGGUGUGCUUAUCGCCACUGCGUUCCUGGCGUGCGACGACUCGCUCGGCGUGUCGGUCACGGUCUCCGCCAUCCUGCACGAACUGCCGCAGGAGUUCGCCGACUUUAUUAUUUUGGUUGAGUCGGGCUUCACGCCGUUCCAAGCCAUCCUCUUCAACUUCCUGAGCGCGCUCUCGGCCUUUAUCGGAGCCGCGGUGGUGCUCGCGGCUGUGCCUGUUACGAACGAGACCAUGGGACUGCUACUCGCCGUUGGAUCGGGAACUCUUGUAUACAUUGCCGGCACGGACCUGCUCCCCGGAGUGCUGCGUGUCAAGUCGCCCGGCCAGUUCGUGGCCCACCUGCUCAUGUUCGGGAUCGGAAUCGGCGCACUCGCACUCACCACACUGCACCACGUGCACUGCAAUGCGGACUAA